AUGAAGUGGAGUGUUGUUCUAGCAAUUGCGCUAGCAAUUCUGUACAACACAUCGAGCGUAUACACUAUAGUGUCGGCGGAAGUUCCAAGGUUGCAGCCCUUUGCCUUCCCAUCGGACGUUAAACCUGGAUCCCGCGUAUCCACGUUCUGCUUGACUUCGUCCGGUGGAAGCGAGGUGGCACUGUCCUGGCUGAAGGACGGCAGGGACGUCGGCGACACGAAGAACGUUUUUGUCGAAACGAACAAGGGUCUCUCCACCAUCCUCAUCGACCCGGUGGAUAUUUCCAAUGCCGGAAAUUACACGUGCAUCGCCAAGAACCGAGCUGGUUUUGAUAGCUUCACGGCCAUCCUGGACGUUGAAGAGCCUCAUUCUCGGGGGAAAAAUGCCGAAGAUGUUUGGGUAAACCUCGGCGAACGAGCCGUUAUCCAGUGCCUCACUACUGGAUCCCCGGCAUUCAAGAUCACAUGGAAGAAACAGCGAAAAGGGGACAAAGCCCGGUGGAAAGAACUGGAAUCUUCGAACCUCCUCAAAGUAUACGAAAAUGGAACACUCGUUUUCGAGGAAGUAUCUACGGCCGAUGAAGGACAUUACUCCUGCAAGGCCGACAAUGGCGUGGCACCUCCGACCACGCUCGCAUUUUUCAUCGCGGUGAACGGUGGUAAGAGAAAUAGUUGA